CAACUAUGCCCACAAAAUAGCAAGGCAAAAUUAGGAUGACAAGAAAGCUAAGCACCAACUGAGCAGCCAACGUUCCUGACGGUUAUUUCCGCACUUUGGUUUCUCCUCUCAUUUCUCGUUUUCUCCGCACUUUGCACUUAAACCAUUGAUUAUAUAAUUCAACACAUUUCAUCUGUUUAUUAGACACAGCAACCCCAUUUUUUUGAUUUUCUUGUAAUUCAUUCAUCUGUGUCUCCUAAAACAUGGCGACGGCCUUUUCUGCAACAAAAGUUUUGCAACCUUUGCCCUUCAAUUCUACUAGAUCUGCUGAAAAGCCCCUUUUGAUCCAAAACUCAUCUUUUCUUGGAUCAUCAUCCUCUCAUAAGCUUUCUCUCAAGAAGCCUUUUUUGCCUCCUAAUUCCCAGCGUCGAUCCAAUGCAGCAGUUGUUGCCGUUUCUGAUGUUGUUAAGGAAAAGAAGUCUAAGUCCAAAUCCUCUCUCUCCAAUCUGUUGAUUACUAAAGAGGAAGGGUUGGUACUGUACGAGGACAUGGUGCUGGGAAGAGCUUUUGAGGACAUGUGCGCCCAAAUGUAUUACAGGGGCAAAAUGUUUGGUUUCGUGCAUUUGUACAACGGCCAAGAAGCUGUCUCAACUGGUUUCAUUAAGCUCUUGAAGAAGGAAGACUCUGUAGUUAGCACUUACCGUGACCAUGUCCAUGCAUUGAGUAAAGGUGUCCCAGCUCGCCAAGUGAUGAGUGAGCUAUUUGGAAAGACCACGGGCUGUUGUAGAGGCCAGGGUGGAUCCAUGCACAUGUUCUCCAAAGAGCACAAUGUUCUUGGUGGUUUCGCUUUUAUCGGUGAGGGAAUCCCGGUGGCUACAGGUGCUGCAUUCACUAGCAAGUACAGAAGGGAGGUCUUGAAGGAGGCUGAUUGUGAUCAUGUCACUCUAGCCUUCUUUGGUGAUGGAACUUGCAACAAUGGCCAAUUCUACGAGUGCUUGAACAUGGCCGCAUUGUGGAAAUUGCCCAUUAUCUUUGUUGUUGAGAACAAUCUGUGGGCAAUUGGGAUGUCCCACUUGAGGUCUACUUCUGAUCCUGAAAUUUGGAAGAAAGGUCCUGCUUUUGGGAUGCCCGGGGUUCAUGUUGAUGGCAUGGAUGUGUUAAAGGUGAGGGAGGUAGCAAAGGAGGCUAUUGGAAGAGCUAGGAGAGGUGAAGGUCCCACUUUGGUCGAAUGCGAGACUUACCGAUUCAGAGGUCACUCUUUGGCUGAUCCAGAUGAGCUUCGUGACCCUGCUGAAAAGAAUCACUAUGCCACAAGAGAUCCUAUCACUGCCUUGAAGAAGUAUAUGUUUGAGAACAACCUUGUCAGCGAAGCGGAGUUAAAGGCCAUAGAUAAGAAGAUUGAUGAGGUGGUUGAAGAGUCAGUUGAGUUUGCAGAUGCAAGCCCUGUUCCAGCUCGUAGCCAGCUGCUAGAGAAUGUAUUUGCUGAUCCCAAGGGCUUCGGAAUUGGGCCCGAUGGAAGGUACAGAUGUGAGGAUCCCAAGUUCACUGAAGGCACUGCUCAUGUCUAGUUCUCAAAGCUGUGCUGUGGACCUGCACAAGAUGGCUUUCGGUAGUUGAUGAGAAGCAGGUCUUCAUUAAUUUAGUAAUUAUUGAUAGCACUUCUCUCCCAUGAGAAAGAUCUAAUGUUUAGUUACUUUAUAGUUUCAAUUUUGUUCAGGGUGGUCUUCUCUUUGUCUUGGUCAUUGUUUCUUAGUUGUACUAUUCAUGAAUGACAAAACCUGAAAGGCCUUGCAUUCAUCUUUUUGUAUGUUAAAUGGUUGUGAGCAUCAUCUAGUCUCUUGGCACUCUGUCUCUUAUUAAACUUCUUUUAGCUA